GAAUUAUCCAAUUAAUCCGCUGCGUUUACCGAUGGCUAAAGGCGGAUCAACCGGCGAUGUAAAGACGGAAGAGAAGGAGACUUGAGGAAGGAAACGAGAGAAGGACUCAAAAGACAAGGAAGGGCUCGUUAACUGGAUUUACAACCCGGACCUUAAACCGGGUCGCCCCAAAUCAGUUUUGUAUCGUAGUAUUUUGUAUAUAUUAUGUUUAUCCCCGAAAUUAAAAAUUGCUGAGUUCAUCAAAGAGAGAUCUUUGAAAAUUGAAACCAAAGAAAUUCUGAUCGAUAGCUUCCUCGAGUCGUCGUCAAUGGAAUCUCCUUCGGUUCUCGAUUAUCUCUUCUUCUUUCUCGUCCGUCCGUUUCUAGCGAUCUCGUUCGUCGUCUGCUUUAUCGCUCUUUGGUGGUUUCUGGCAUGGAAGCUAGUAUUAAGCCAUGUUCCUCUGGUACAAGAGAUCUUUGGUUUGAGGAAGAAGACCUUUAAACCGAAACCCGAAUCUCGCGGAAGAAUCUCCAAAUUCUACAGAAGUAUAAAUUCUCAAAAUCCUGUUCCUCAAUGAAACUGCCACCAUGAUCCGAAGCGGAACGAGCAAGAAGAGUUACGAUGUCACAAUCCAGGAGAAUUUCAAGUUUCAAGCUUUAGACAUUACGAAUUGUAUUAUGUUGUUGACUCUUUUAUGGUUGGAUAUGUGCAAUGCAGUGUGCGUUUUGUGUAUAGUGUGGUGUGUUUCAAGCUCAAAUCUUGAUUAGUGUCUCCAUGUCUGAAAACUUAUUCUAAAUUGUUGUGAGAGAGAUACUUUGAUUCAAUCAGGUAAACAAAAACAUAAUGUUUUCCAAAACCAGGCAAUAACAGGAAACAAUACAGCUCUAUUGAAGUCGUUACCAAUCCAAGUCCUUUGCAAUGUCACUGUCUGAUUCGUCUCUCUAAUACCACCGUUGGAGAAAGUGAUCUCUUUGUUCCCAAUCCCAAGGGCUAGCAACUGCUUUAUGUCUAAAACUCCUCCUGCCUCGAGGAAGCCAAGCUCGUAACUAGCUCAAGUCAAGCACUUCCCAUUUUUUCCUCAAUCUAAUCUGGCAUGAUAAAAAAAUAUCCUCGCCAUUGCAUUGACAGGUGACCACUUGUGGACAGAAAAGUCAUUGGCCGUAUUACUAAAUCGAGCCUCCCAGCCAAGAAGGGAAAGAAGAGAUGAUACCAUCGACAGGCAUGCUCAGCAGCUUUCCAAUGGUUUUCCAAUGAUUGUACCUUUUGGGAAUAUGACAUUCUUUUUGCACCAGAGCUUUCCAAAACUCAAGAAUAGGAGGAGCUCAUGUCGAUGAGGGGAUGAUUCAACAGAUACGAAAUCGCUCUACUACUGGAUCUGGCAACCUCCUGAUGAUACGAAAUCAACCAAGAAGAACUCAAAACAUCAACAAUGGCAAAAAAAAACUCAAAUACACUCAAAAUUUUGGAUUUCGCUGAAACAGAAAGUAAUUAGUACCUCUAAUGAUGGAGAGAAAAUAAAUGUACUCUAUACAAAUCUAUGAUGAACAAAAUCAAGUCAUAGAGACAGCUAAUCUACAAUCUCAAUACUGUUGAUGAUUAAAGCAGUUUGAAAUAACGCUUAUGGUCUUCCGUAAUAAACAAUAAACCAAAAACGUUAAUUUGAAGUGAUUAGUCGAUUCCAUUAUCUUUCAGCUACGAAUUAACAUUGAAAGCUGUACACUUUUCACAUUUUUCAUCCGUAAAGAUUCACCAUGACCCAGCCACUAACACGAGGAUGCAACUUGUUUUUUGUUUUCCUCUAUCCAAAGUAGUUCAUAACAUCCAAACAACAAAAUACUCUAUUAGCUGAAUUUGUAAUGUUGUGCAACUAAUCAUCAAGAAAACAAACUCAAACUCUAAUCAAUCACACAACCAACAAACAUUGGGUGCUAAAAAGAAGGAACAUUCGUUUUAUAAAGACCACAGAGUCAAAUAUAAAACAAGAUGUUACAGCAUAACAAAGAAAAAUGUUUUGUUUGUUUGGUCUAAAGGAGAAAUCUUUUUCAGUGAGGGAAGAAGCCGAGAAACAAACAUUGCGAAAAAAAAAAA